UUCAAUAGGAGUUCUACACAACAUCCGGGCAUUCCACCGCUUGCGCAGAAUCGGAAUGGCGGAGUUGUGCGAAUGGGCUCCAAGGACCAGUGGUUUAGUCGUGUAGACAUUUUCCACCAGGGCUAUGCGUGGCCGCUGGAGGCCCUUCUCCGGGCAACAACGUUCCUAGAGGAGCAGGACAGGAGCCUGGAGGCCCUGCGGAGGCAGGCAAUAAAGAUGGCAACCAAGACCCAUGCAGGUGGUGAGAAGACCCUUGAGCAACUGCUGGCACUUUAUGGGUACAAUGUGCCUGAUCCUGUCCUGCAACAACAACAGGAGCCGAAUGAACUGGCAGCCAGUCUGCCUGAAAUGACACUGGACAAGGUUCAGCUAGGUAAAGCUCUAUUCUCAGGAGGGGAGGAUCUGGACAGCCAUUCCUCUGCUGAAGACCUCACACUCUCUGUCACGUCUCAUUCAUCUGACCUCUCACAGUGUCACCUAAGAGGUGAUGACAAAGACACUUCAGUCAGCUGCUCCGAAGAUGACUCAGAAAGCACCUCUAUCCCGUCCAGUGAUGGCCGCAAGGACAUCAUGGUCGGCCCCCAGUAUCAGGCUAUAAUUCCUUCUCUCUGUACACACACUUUUUCUGAAAGAGUCUAUGAAAAUGAGGACCAGUUAUUGUGGACCCCAGAUGUGUUGUCCAGUCUGGCUGUAGAGAAGUUUUUGCUUGAAGUCCAGAGAAAAGGGAGUGACGACGGACCUACAAACACUUUGACCACAGGAGAUAUAAUCAAAGACAAUGACCAGGCACUAUUUGAGCUAGUGAAAUGCAGCUUUAAUGCAGAAGAGGCACUAAGAAGAUAUCGCUUUAAUGUCAAGGUUUUCAAUGAAGAGCUUUGUGGCUGGAGUGAGGAGGAGUGUCGUAACUUUGAGUAUGGUUACCGUGCCCAUGGCAAGAACUUCAACCUCAUACAGGCCAACAAGGUCCGCACGCGCUCAGUUGGCGAGUGUGUAGAGUACUACUACAAGUGGAAGAAAUCAGAGCGGCAUGAGUAUUUCACACAGCAGGCCACCAAGCUGGGUCGGAAAAAGUGCAAUCUGCCAUCUGGCAACAUAGAAGAUGCUGGGCCAGAUGGAAAUACUGGUGAUUUGGAAGGUGCCAAUCAAGGUUUGCCAGUUAGGACUUCCAUUCAACUCCAACCUCCAUCGCCACCUGCAGUCAUGGAGCUGGAUAAACAAGAGGACAGCCUGAAUUGCACAGCUCAGUUUCAUGGUCGUCCACGACGGAAACGCACGCCACGCUUCCUAUUAAAGCCCUGAGCUUCCUGCUCACUGACAGCCUAAAACUGACAGAAACACAGGUUCUGAGCGAAACAGUGGAGAGAUGGGACUAUAUGCAGGAUCUUGCUCAAGCCCACAGGGGCAGCAGUCGUUCAGCCAAUUCUCGUUUCAGCCACCAGCGCUCCAGACGUCAGAUGUGUCCUCCCCGUCCCCCCAGCUUUACCUCUCCUCUCUAUCCUGUAGCCACUCCAUCCCUUCUUCUCAGCCAGACUCAGGGCUCCUUGGAGCAGGUUUUUCCCAGCUACGAAUGGGGUCCUUUCCUGAAGAUCCUGCACCUGCUUGCUCAGAGAACAUUGCUCCCAGAAGCUUUCAACUUGAACACCGUCCUCGUCUGUCCCAUCCAGCCCAGAUUUUGGGAUAAUAGGUAGCCUCUUGUGCCCACCUUACUUCGUCAGCUCCGCACCCAUCAAACACAGCAACUCACCCAUUCCAGAUCUCUCAUUCACCUGGAAUUUGCAGUUGUCGUUUUCAGGCUACAUAAGAAAAGCCUGAGUUACAGGCAGAGUUUGACCAAAAAAAUAACAUUCUGUCAUCAUUUACUCCCCUUCAUGUCAUUCCAAAACCUUCUGAGGAGCACAAAAGAAGAUAAUUCAAAGCUGAGUUUGUCAAUACAAUGAACGCCAACAGGGUCCAAAACUUGCAUAAUCCAAAAAAAAAAAAAAUGCAUAAAUGUAGCAUAAAUUUAAUCCAAAAGUGCACUAACUUCAUCUAAUUUUCUGAUCUUUUUCUAAUAUUCCCCAUUGACUUAAAUAUUGAAGAAAGUAGGUCGUACAGGUUUGCAACAACGUAAGGGUGAGUAAAUGACGAUAGAAAUUAAAUAUCUGGUAAACAAUCCUUUUAAUCAAAGAAUGUGUUUAUAAUAUUUAAUCUGUGUUGCCUUUUAAACUACUAAACUAGUAACUGGGUGUUUUAGGGAGCUGGUUGUCUCGGUCAAACUGCUGUUUUUAAUUGACUACCUAAUUUUAAGCAGCUUUGGAAAUAUAAGAGGGUUUCCAUCUCUUUAAGCUGUUUGGUCUCACUAAGACUCAUUUUCAGUAACUGUUCAGUAAUUUACUGCUUGUACAGUAAAUAGUUCCUUUCAUUGCAUAUAGAUCUUAUAAACUUUUUAAACUACUUUAUUAGAUCACUUAUUUCUUUUUGUUAAAGUAAUGGUUGACCCCAAAAAAUUGAAAAUGUUCUCACCCUCAGGCCAUCCAAACUGCAGAUGAGUUUAUUUUUUCACACUUUACAUCACUUGCUCACCGGUGGAUCCUCUGCAGUGAAUGGGUGCCGUCAGAAUGAGAGUCCUAACAGCUGAUAAAUACAUCACAAUAAUCCACACCAAAUCUAGUCCAUCAGUUCACAGUGACAUGAAAAUCUGUAUAUUUGUAAGAAACAAAUCAUUAAGGCAAUUCAUCUUCUGGACAAAAUACCAGCCCAUUAAUCAUAAAAAUGCUUCUUCCAGUGAAUAAGUCCAGCUACUUUUGUCCUCUCACAACAAAAACCACAGGCAUAUUUAUUUUAACCUGUUAUUUUAAACUGGACUGGAGUGGUGUGGAUUACUUGUGGAUUACUGUGAUGUUUUUAUCAGCUGUUUAGUCUCUCAUUCUGACGGCACCCAUUCACUGCAGAGGUGAGCAAGUGACGUAAUGCUGAAUUUCUCCAAAUCUUAGAUGACCUGAGGGUGAGCACAUUUUCAGCAAAAUUACAUUUUUGGUUGAACUAUUUCUUUAAAGCAUAAAAUGUUUUGCUUUUAAAGAAGAUAUCGCGUGAACUGCUAAUGCAGUCGCUUUGUCCUGUUUGUGGCGAUACCCUCUAGCUUCCCGUGGUAGGUUGUCUUUGUGCAAUAAAAAAAAUAAUACAAGUUCCUCAGGGGCUCCGAUCGUUUCCCUCUCGGUCUGGUCCGUCAGUACUUCAGUACUAAGUGUUGAAGAGGGGUUUUUGUAAUGGUUUAUGAAUAUACGCUCCACAUAUGCUUCGCCAACAGAUGUAAUCCUGACGUAAGUGGCAGAUUCACUGCAUUAAGUUUCUCAGGUUUUGCAGCCAGUUUGGGCAUCUGUUGGAUUUGUGUGAAGCCACAACGUUUCAACUCCGCAUACUACCCACAAUCCCUCGCUACCCAGAGAAAACUGGCAACGUCAAAUCUAGUGUAGUACCUCAUUUGUGACUGGACUUCUGUUAGUUAUGAUUUGAAAUCAUCAUCCUCAUCCAUAUCCCUGUACGAUUCAGUGUUUUUUUUUUGUUCAUUGUUUAGUCGGCUUUAUGUUUUGACUAUAGUUUACACAAGGUUCAGAAGAUACGACAGGAGACAAACACUGCCUUUGCUUAUUUCACUUUUUAUAUAUAUAUAUAUAAAGCAAUUUAUGUAUUACUGCUCCUGUUAUUGAUUUAUUGUUCCUGUUAUAUUUUGUAAAUAAUAAUAAUAAAAAAAUUAGAAAACAAA